CUUGAAUCUACUACCAUCUUUUCGGCAGUUGAAAUGCAAAAGGCGUGAUCCUCGUUGAAGGCUCGAAAGGUUCUCAUUUUUCUCUUUGUUUUGCCUCGACCACCUCAGGAGACCGCUCCUAUUGUGUACCUCGCAUCAGUCGUUGGACAAUCAGUCUCCGGCUAAUAUACCUUGCGUGGUAUAUCUCUACCUGAAAUCCAGGAGAAGAGAACUCCCCAAAGGCAGACAUGUCCUCAGAGACUUUCCCUAAAGUAGCCUUCAUUGGCCUGGGGGCUAUGGGCUUUGCCAUGUCAACACAUCUCGUCCGAACGGGGUUCCCAGUUACUGGAUUCGAUAUCUAUGGUCCGACCUUGGAGCGGUGGCAGUCAACAUGCAACGACAUCCCAGCAUCGAGAGCAUCUACUGCCCAGUCGCCUGCUGAGGCAGUCAAGGAUGCGACUGUGGUGUGUCUAAUGGUUGCCAACCAUCAUCACGUCCACUCAGCUCUUUUCGACGACAAGGUUGGCGCAGUCCAUGCUCUUCCCAAGGACUCUACUGUUAUUAUCCAUGCUACCAUUCCUCCGACCCAACCUGCCAACGUGCGUGAGAGGCUCACUAAAGAGUUCAACCGUCCCGACGUCAAGUUGAUCGACGCCCCCGUCUCUGGCGGCGUAGCCAGGUCAAUCAAUGGCACAUUAACCAUUAUGACUGCCUCCGAUGAUCCUGCAAACCUGCAGCAGCCCGAUGCCAAGACGGUCCUUGAAAACGUCGCUAGCAAAGGCAAGACUUUAUAUGCUAUUCCCGGAUCUCUUGGUGGCGGCGAGUCUGCCAAAGCGCUGAAUCAAGUUAUGUGCGGUAUCCACAUUGCAGCCACAGGCGAGAUCUUUGGCUUGGCUGCAGUUCUAGGUCUCGACACCCAAAAGCUGUACGAUACACUGAUCGAGAAGGACUCUGCCGGGAAACCAGUCUUGGGAUGGAGUUGGAUGUUUGAAAACCGCGGACCGAGAGUCCUGAGCGCUACACCGCCCAUGGCUUCCGCCACGGCCAUCAUUGAUAAAGAUGUCGGGAUCAUUCGAGACGAGGAGGUGCGCUUAAAUGUGGAACUACCCCUGCUCAACAGAGCCAGCGAGGUCAUCAAGGAGGUCAUGAAGACACACGCGAGCGCCGAUGAUAGUUGUAUCGCUCAGUACUAUCUCGGAUUCGGUUCCAAGAGAGAAGGCCUCGCGGUGGAAAGAGCUAAAAACCCGUCUGUCGCUGCUGAAGAGCACGACGCGAGACUUCAGGAUGUUGCCGUGGCGCAUGCCGUCAUCCAUUUGACAUCUGCGUUUGAAACGACCAUUUUCGCUAAAUCGCUGGAUCUCGUUCAAGAAGAGCAAAGAAAACAAUGGUUCAGCAUCAUCUCUGGCGCCGCAGGUGGAAGCACCGUUUUCUCUGAGGUUAUUCCUCUGUCAUUCACGGAUUCAGAAGGAAAUGAAGCUGCGUUCAAGAAAUAUGCCAAGGAGAAGUUUGGAAAUUCGCUGUCAAGAACAGCCCAAGUCAUUGAGGAGGCUAAGGCUCAGGGCUAUCACCCGGUCUUAUUGGAAGCUGCCACAAAGAAUCUUGAAAAGUUGCUCAAUUGAUAUACUCUGUAGUUAGCAUGGAGCGAUUUAAUGUAGUUAUAUCGUUGACACAAUCUAGUAGGGUCCAGCCUUCAAUUGGAAAUAUCGCCUUGAAA